GUGGGAGGAGGAGGAGCCAGGGCGGCCUGUGCGACAAAGCCCAGUGCGCAGGGAGCUGGUGACCAGGAAGCAGAACAGCGCCGGGCUGCCGCGGGGCGGGCGCACCCCACCGGAGCCCGCUGCCCCACGCCGCCCCCCCCGGGGGGUGGGAGGCCAGUCCUGCCGCCUCCCCCGGCUCGGGGGGUCGGGGCGGCUGCGGAGCGAAGCGAGAAGCGGCUGUGCUGGUGUUAAGCCGCUUAGGGCCGGGGCUGGCAUGAGCCUUCCCGGUGGGGCGGCUGCGGGCUGCGUGUUGCGGCGGGGAGGCUGAGGGUGCGGAGCCACCGCCGGCGGGGGCUGGCGGUCCGUCCCUGAGGAGGAGGAGGAAGAGCCCCCCUCCCCGGGGAGGGGAAGAUGGGGAACUGCCUCAAGUCCCCCACCUCGGAUGACAUCUCGCUGCUUCACGAGUCCCAGUCGGACAGAGCCAGCUACGGGGACGGGGCUGAGCCGGAUCAGGAGCCGCCGCCGCCAUAUCAGGAGCAGGUCCCUGUUCCUGUUUAUCACCCAACUCCAAGCCAGACUCGGCUGGCAACACAGCUGACAGAGGAGGAACAGAUCCGGAUAGCGCAGAGGAUCGGUCUGAUCCAGCACCUGCCCAAAGGAGUCUAUGAUCCCGGGAGAGACGGCUCCGAGAAGAAGAUCAGAGAAUGUGUCAUUUGUAUGAUGGACUUUGUUUAUGGGGAUCCUAUCCGAUUUCUGCCGUGCAUGCACAUUUACCACCUGGACUGUAUAGAUGACUGGUUGAUGAGAUCCUUUACCUGUCCAUCCUGCAUGGAGCCAGUGGAUGCAGCACUGCUUUCAUCAUAUGAGACUAACUGAGCCAGGGUUUCUCUCCACUGAACCUUCAAGGAGACCAUCCACUUUUCAUGGGUUUGAUCCUUUUGUCACUCAGCCCAAAGAGCCAGGAAUUAGGAAUUAAGAUCAUGCACAAAGUAUACAUUUCCUAAUAAACAAAUAAAAAAAAAAUAUUCCUGAAUGGCUGCAAAUAUUGGAAAAAACAUAGUAUUUUAGAGACUAUAGAAAAGUAGGUUGUUAUUUUUAAUGUAAAGCCUUGACCCACCAUUGUCUUUUAAUGUUUGUUCUUACACCCUUAUAUAGGAAUUGUGUAAAGUGUUACAGCAACUGUAAAUGUUUAAACUGCGUGUAUCCAAUUUUAUUAGCAGCAAGGUAAGAGUAUUUUUUUCCUAAAUAAAGUAACCAGUUUUGUUCAGAUUCUUUUCACAAGUCCUGGCAUUUGGGUCAAGGCUUUAUUGAAAUCUACAUUUUAUAACACUGGCACAAAAGAAAUAGUUUUAAGCUUGUUUGCACAGUUCUUUUUCCUUUUUUUUUUUUUGUUUUUUUUUUUCCCUUUUUUUUUGUUUUUUUUUUCCUUCAUUGGAGAUGAAAUUCAUUGCCUUAGGUCUUUUUAAUAGUGUAUUGUUAUUGUUGGGCUGGCUCUAUGCUUGAAAUCCAGUUUAUUUAUAACCUGUUAAAAGUGCUAUAUUUUGUUUGCAGUUAGGAAUAUGCAGACUUCAAAGUGAUCUCCUAGCUUGUAAGCAACUGAGAUGCAUUAUCCCUUUUCUACAAGUGAGGUGGAAUACGAAGAGAUGAAACAAGUCCUACAGAAAAAUUUCAUGGGUUUCAUGGGUUUUUAUAACUUUGUUUUUGAUGAAACAACAGUCUGUAAACUCUUAAUAUGUCACCUUCAACUUGAUCAGCUUAAAAGUGGGCCAGAAGGGCAAUAAAUAGUUAAGCUAUCACAAUUGAAAAAAAAAAAAAUUAUAGUAAUCUAUUUGGAAUUAAUGAAGUGUUAGUGUUGAUCACUUAUUCUACUUUUUUCCCCUAAAAAUGGUUGUCUUGGAUCACAGCAAAUGGAUACUGCAUCUCUCGUUCUUGUAGUUCUUAGGUUAUCAGAAGUUAAGAAUAAACAUACUGUAUCUCAGUCUCCUGUAUUAAAUGUAUCUGUUAAGCCCUGCUGGCUGACACAUCAGUCCACCAAGCAGAUAUGAAAUCAGAUAUGAGGAAAAUAUAUUUUGUUCUGCUCAGAAAUGCAAAGUUUAUAUAAACACAGACUGUCAUACUAGCAGUUGAGAGGGGAACACAGUACUGCCAUAGCCAGGAUGACACAAUUAGCUAAUUUCUAUAGCAAACAUUACAUGCUUAUUAAGAGAUGUAGCUGUAGCUGUAAAGAUCUUUUAUCUAUUUAGCAUGUUUGGGUUUCUUUUAUUUUUAUUUUUUUUUUUUUUUCUUCUCCUUAAUGUACCCGACUGUGACUUUUAUACAUUCAACACAAUGCUGAGACAUCAUCUUGCAAAAUGAGAUUGCAUCUCAUGUUAACCACAACAAAUCAGGGAAUGUUCUUGUUAUUCCUGUUAUCUUUUCAGUACUUGAUAGUAGUGUUUAAAGACUCAAGUACUUUGAAGACUUAGUGUAGAUACAAGAUAGAAGAAUGUGUGUGUGUGUUAUGGAGAAUUUCUGAAGGGUUGGUCAGCAAAAUGUAGAAUUGCCACGAUGAUUUGUUCAUUAUUCCUGCAGUUGACAGCAACCUACUCUCUUAGGGAAGAACUCCAAGUAGCAGUCAGAAGGAAUUGAAAGCAGUUUCCUCUUGUAGAUUCACUCAAAUUGCUCCACAUGUAUCUGGACACAAUUUUUUGCUGAAUUCAUUACAUGCCUAAUUACACAGAUCAAAAUCUAAGGAGAGAGACCUGAAGUUGUGCAAUAUCAUUGUUCCUUUUCAUCAUUCCAUGUGUGCUCCUUUGUGUCCUCCUUUCUGUCUGUUUGUUUCAGGGUGUUGGGUUUUGUUUGGGGGUUUAGUUUUUCCUUUUUUUUUUUUUUUUCAUUUUUGGUGGUAAAACAAUGUCCACAUUAAGUACUCAUUUCUUUUAUCUUGUUAAAACUGGCAAAUGAACAGUUUGAAAAAAACAGCAUUGUCAUGUUGGUAUUAGUCUUUAUUUAUUACAAGACUUGAUUAAGAAAGAUUUGAAAGAAACAUGAAGUGACCAAUUACUGAGCUGAAUGCUUUUCUAGGCACUUUGUAUAGUUGAACUUUUAACACUGAUAUAUUUACUGGGCUAAGGGAAAAAAUUACUUUUAUUAAAAUACUUGUUAAACAGCAAAAAGGUGUGAAGGGCUAAAACUAGAGUUGAUUACACAAAAACAUUCCAAAAAAGUUCAAAUUUUAGCUUAAAGACAAAUGUGUAAAUAUAACAAAUAAAUCAAAUGCUUUUUUCAAGUUUUUAGGUG